CGAGGAGAGGAGAGGCGGAGAGAAAAGGAUCUGUGCCCGAAGAAAAUGCUCUGAAUCUGGGCUUGGUGUCCCUGCACGCGCCGGGGAGGAAGACAGGGGGUGGGGUGGGGGGGGCGGCUGUGACCCUGAAAAGAGCUGGAGGACUUUGGAGGUCCACCUGAGGAGAUACGAGAUGAUUUAGUGACAUAAAGGACAAGCCAGCAGAGAGAGAGAGAAAGGCUCAUUCACCUCCCCCCAGAGCAGCCAGGCCUACGCCCAUGGACGAGGAGAGGAGCGCCAUCUCCAAAGAGCCAUCUGACCAUGAAACCCCUGAUCUGCCAGUUCCGAGUUCACAAACGGCCUCAAACACAGAGAGGGAAAACAGUUGCUCAAACCCACCCCCCUGUCCCGGUGAAGAUGUGGCCCACACCUACACUGAGCCCCUCAUAUUGAGGGUCAAUGGUACCCCCAAAAGGUUGUUAGAUGAUAAUGAUGAUGGAGUCAGUUGCAAUCACAAAGCCAGCCUCUCACAUUCAGUACUUACAACGCCCAGAGGGAGUGUUACAACUCAACCAGCAGCCAGAUCCACGCCCGUCCACCAGGCGCAGCCAUGUCGGUCUCAGCCCAGCAGUCUGCUACGCAACGGAACCAAGAGCCACGAGCACGCGCACUCCCCUGACACGCACUGUCCGCACCACCUGCCUCACCUGCACACACUCCAGUCCCACCCCGUCAGAAACGGCGGCUCUCACAGGCAUCCCAAGCUGGGCUCCCUCCCAAAAGGCGGCUCGUCCACCUCCUCGUCAUCUUCAGCUGGACCCAAGCACAACAGAAAACUGCAGUCAAACCCCUCGAUCACGUCCCAGAGCAGCAAGAGGAGCAAGAGCAGUUCGAAGAGCAACAGCUCGCAGAUUCCCACAGACGGACAUGACGACUGCUGUGUUCACUGUAUCCUGGCCUGCCUCUUCUGUGAGUUCCUAACCCUGUGCAACAUCGUGCUGGACUGCGCCACCUGCGGCUCCUGCGCGGGCGACGACUCGUGUUUCUGCUGCUGCUGUGUGUCGGAGGAGUGCGGUGACUGUGACCUGCCCUGUGACAUGGACUGCGGCAUCAUCGACGCCUGUUGCGAGUCUGCAGAUUGCUUGGAGAUCUGUAUGGAGUGCUGCAGCCUUUGCUUCUCUUCCUGAGGGGCCCUUUUUUGGCACUGCCUAUCCAGUGCAUGUCUGCUGUGCAUUCUCAAAGCCCG